GUUUAUAAAGUUGAAAAAGAAGAAAAAAAAAGAAAGGAUUCAAAUCUAAAAACUGCUGUCGAAGGUCCACCACCAGAAGCAUCCGUACCCGAUGAAUCAAAUGCCACAUUGGUGACUGUUUUUGUGCUAUUAAUAGCAGCAAUAAUUGUUGUUGGCAUUGUUUGGAAGUUCAAUCUACAUAGACGAUUGUUCCGUGCUAACUAUGAUACUGUGGCCGGUGGUUGA